AUGUCUGCCGAAGAAAAACUCACUCGCAACCCUCCUGCUGACUGCACGGAUGAUGUGUGUCCGAUUAAUUUUACAUCACAACAAUCGACAGAAGACACCGACAAGAAAAACUCGGGAGCGAUUGCAAGUGACGACCCCAUACUGUCAAAGAUAAGUCUAUACGAUUGCAACGGAAACACGGUUCCCACAAGUGAAGUAGAAAACAAAAUUAUUGGAUUCUACGUGGGAGCUAGUUGGUGUCCGCCCUGUCGGUUGUUUGCUCCUCGCCUUUGUGCGUUUCUCGAAGACAAUAGAUCAUCUUUUGCAGUUAUUCAUGUUUCGCUUGAUCAUUCUGAAUCUGCCUUUGAAGAAUACACGUAUGCUAAGCCAUGGUAUAACAUUCAGUACGACUCACCGAUCCGAGAAUCGCUUGUUCGCGAGUGGAAGGUCUCAACGAUACCUGCUCUACUGAUUUACAACCCCAUGACUCACCAGAUGGUCACUUCAUGGGGACGAACUGCAGUGAUGAAAAAUCCUGAAGGGUGUUUAGAAGAAUGGAAACAGAAUAGACAUGGUGUUG